UACCACAGCAGCGCCCAAACACUGCGCGCACCUCAGCCUGGUCUUCUGAAACUGUUCCUCUAGCGAUCACUUUCCUGUUUAGAUGUGUAUUUAGACAGCAAGCUGUUUUAUCCGGGUUAUAUUGUGAGUGUGGGUCUGUCAGAGAGAUGGAGGAGCGCGACACAGCCUCAGAACCAGACCACAGCACAGAGGCGGGGAACUUAUACACAGCGGUUCCGCCCCAGAGCUCCUCACAGGUCCAGAGCUCCUCACAGACCCAGGCUGAACCGGAGGAACCCGCUGAGGAACAGCCUGAUCAACAGCCUGAGAUGAAAGUGGUGAUCAGGACUUUAACCCCAUCACUGACCUCAGAUCAGGAGAUCCAGCUGGAUCCAGCACCUCCAGACCCCAGUCAGGACGCACUGAUCCCGCAGGAGAGUGAAGUAAUAAUCCAGGAGUCUGAUGAUGUUGGAAACUCAACAGCAACAGUGAAAAUAUUAAUUAUGCCAGAGGGGCACAUGAUGACCAUGGCUUUUACCAUAGGCCUCACAGCUCAGGAUCUAAAGAAUCAUUUUGCAAGUGAACUGAGAGUACCAUCGGAUAUUAUCCAGAUCAAAUUGAACGGCGUGGCUAUAGAGAACCAGCAGACGCUGAUGAGCCUGGGAGUGCAGCCCCACGGCACAGUCCAGUUGGAAAUGAGCUCAUUAGAUCCUGAAAAUUACCCCAUCAAGCCAGUUAAACCACAGCAGGAGUGCAGCAUGCCUGAUGUCAUUACUGUCAGAGUGCAGACAGACGUGAACACUUUUCAGGAUGUGGUUGUGGAGAUAGAGAGAGCUACUCAAAAGAAGCCUUUCCUGGGAGGAUAUCGUCACAAGAUCAGUAAAACUGAUUAUCACCAUGCUGCAGUGCAGACUGUAGCCAAGAGGAGGCCCGAUAGGGGUGUGGAGAUGUUUAGCAAGGAUACACAGACAGUGGUGCUGAAGAGCCAGGCUCAACAAUGCACCAUAAACACGUCCACUCAGAUGACUAAGAUUGGUCUGUACGUGUCCAACAUGAAGGACAAGCUUCUAACUCCUGGUACCUACAUCACUGCAGACCAACUCCACAGCACGAGGCUGAAAGCUGUAAUAACGAUACAGACGUACACUCGGCGCUGGCGGGCCCAGCGCUUGACUGCUCAGCUGAGGCUAGAUAAGGAGCUGCAGCUGGUCAGGAUGGAGAGAGAGGAGAGGAGGAAGAUAGAGGAGAAAGAGGAGCAGAUUAGGGAUGAGUACUGCAGGAGAAUGAACCCACGGAAAAAGGAGGACUUUGCUUUGCUCUACAGCGCACUUGAAAAGUGGAGGCAGGACGAGGUGGAGCGCAUCAAUGCCACUCUGAGUGGAGCUGAGCGGAAGGCAGCACUGUGUGUUCUCCUGAAGGAGGAGACACAGCUCAUCGCUUCUAUUGGAUCCCACCGAAUCACUGCAGGAGAGAGAAAUCAGGAGAAAGCAGUACAAGUCUUUCUCAACAAGUGUGCAGCCCCUAAGACAUGGCGAGCGUUUGAUGGAACGAUGACCCAAAUGGACACUCCAGAAAGCAUCAGGGCUAAAGAGCUUCGAGAUCUUUACAACAGCAUCAACCUGAAUUACUUAAGCCAGGAGGAGCGGCUUGACGUCCUCCUCACUCUCAAACACACUGUCAAGGAGCAUGACUGUAAGCUAACCAAGCAGAUAGUGGAGUUGAUUGACAGGGAGGCUGACCUGCUGCUGAGAGGAGUGAAGGAGAGUAAUCUGGAGGGGCUGAGGAAGAGAAUAGCCACCCUCUUUCUUCAGUACAUCAAAACCCCCACUUUCAACCCCCAGGUGUCCAGAUUUUUGCAGGUGCCACAGGAUCCAGCACAGCUGAAGAAGAACAUCUACUUCUGUCGUGGCUGCAGUAGUUACCUGCUCUCCACUGACUUCGCUCUGACGGCAAGCGCGCGGGUGGUGGGGCUUUGCCUGCAGUGCUCAGAGCUGGACAAUGAGGCUCGAUGCCAGAAGGAUUCCUCUCAUUACAAAACCAUCCUCAAACGCCUACGUGAAACAGAGGCCGAAUCCAGCCCAGACACCAAGAUCACUUACCUCCUGCAGGAGCAGGAUCUGCAGUAUCUGGUGGAUGUGGUGUGGGGGGCUCAGUCUGCUCUGUGUGCCUGGAAUGACCUGCAUGAUCUGGUUCUGGUGCGCUGGGACAGGCACUGGGAGUGGAGCCCCUGGAACUGCAUCCUGCUAACCAAAGACGAGGCUGCUACACACUACAAAGUUGAAAAUAUGGAGAAGGCAUAUGGGGAGGCGUUUAUCCGUAACAUCAGGCUUAAACACGCUCAGGCCCGGAAGUACUUCUCCCAGAUACGCGCGAUGGCUGAGUACGUUCAUGAUGGCGAUUCAACUCCAGCAGCCCACAGCGACUUGCUGGUCACGAAACCCAUCACUACAUUAACCAAGUAGCUUCAGCAGAGGUCUUCAGGACUGUCUACAAUUUUGCUUCUCAAUGUAUCUUGUCUUUAUAUAUGUAAAACUCUAAACAAUGCAAUACACACUGAUUUGCUAA